GUAACCCUGCUUGGCUGUAGAUUAGACAAGGCUGAGGCAGUGUCAGCAGGAGCAUCAUACCAUCGCUACCGAAGGAGUGUGUCCACUGCAACAAAUAUGUCCAAGCAGACACAAAGAAGUCCUCCUGGAGAAAGGCAUGCCUUCUUAGCAACAUACAAGAGACAACAACAUCUCAUCAAGCAGCGCCUCGAUAGUAGAAUUGCAGUGGUCAAAGUUGUCAAAAGAGAACCAUCAACUUGUGCUGCCAAUGAAUUCUGGAAUAAUACAAUCGGAGAGGUCCGUGACAUGUUGGAUCUGCACGCAGUUGACCCAGUCAUCGCCUUCCAGCUGAUUAAAGACCUCCAGGAACUGUAUGCGCAACUGGUUGAAGAGGCCAUUGACCUUCUCCUUAGCAAGAAUGUGGAAGACAUAUUUUCUUCCUUUGACAUCAAACUACAUGGGACAUUCAACUUUCCCAGACGUACCGUUAACUUCUUCGACUACCAAUACUUCAUCUUGGUUGGAGGGCUGGUGCCUGUGACUUUUGGUUAG